UCUGUCAUCGUCCCCGUAAUAAGACGCACCUGCGAAACUACUCCAACUUUCUAGACCAGUCUCUCCCUCUCCAACCCUACUCUUUUUCUUCAGCUAGCAAGCCACCACACCAUGACCUCAUCAUUCUUCAAGCUCCCCAAUGGCCACUCUUUCCAUUACUUCACAUUCUUCAUUGUCUUCAUGGCCCCCAAGGAACAAAAACAAAAACAAUUCAGGUACCAUAGUCUCAGCUUUCAACAAAAAACCAAUUGGCGAAAAGACCCACCUCUCAUUUUCUCUCAACUCUAAACCCAGUUCAAGAAAACCUCUUAGGUUCUCCAUUAAUAAAGAUGAGCAAGAAAGCGAACCCACCUCUUCUACUCCUUCAUCGGUUGCCGUAGUCUCUGAAAAGCCAAGUGAAGGCAAUGAUACCCAGAAGACUGACUUGGGCAAAGAGGGCGACACUGAGGAGAAAGAGAAACGGCAAGAGAUAGACUGGAAGACGGACGAGGAUUUCAAGAAAUUCAUGGGCAAUCCUUCGAUCGAGGCGGCGAUAAAGCUGGAGAAGAAGAGGGCAGAUAGGAAGCUCAAGGAGCUUGACAGGGAUAAUAGUGAUAACCCAGUUGUGGCGUUUUUCAAUAGAGUGGUGCGUGAUAAUUUGACUAGAGAGAAGGAGAGGUUGGAGAAAGCUGAGGAGGCCUUCAAGGCUCUUGAUCUCAACAAGUUGAAGACCUGUUUCGGGUUUGACACAUUUUUUGCCACUGAUGUUCGGCGUUUUGGAGAUGGGGGCAUUUUUAUUGGAAAUUUGAGGAAACCCAUUGAAGAAGUCAUUCCCAAACUGGAGAAGAAGCUAUCUGAAGUGGCAGGGAGGGAUGUGGUUGUAUGGUUCAUGGAAGAAAAAACAAAUGACAUUAUAAAACAGGCUUGUGUGGUGGAACCCAAAGCAGAAAUCGACCUCCAGUUCGAAUCAAUCAAGCUGAGCACCCCUUGGGGUUAUGUUAGUGCGAUAGCCUUAUGUGUUACAACCUUUGGAACAAUAGCUCUGACAAGUGGAUUCUUCUUAAAGCCUGAUGCUACAUUUGAUGAUUACCUAGCUGAUGUUGUGCCUCUCUUUGCUGGCUUCAUUUCCAUUUUGGGAGUUUCUGAGAUAGCCACAAGGGUAACAGCAGCUCGUUAUGGUGUCAAACUCAGCCCAUCUUUUCUUGUCCCGUCUAAUUGGACAGGGUGCCUGGGAGUGAUUAAUAACUAUGAAUCUUUGCUUCCAAAUAAGAAAGCUCUUUUUGAUAUUCCUGUGGCACGCACAGCUAGUGCGUAUUUGACAUCACUCGUGCUUGCUAUUGCUGCAUUUGUAGCUGAUGGCAGCUUCAAUGGAGGCGGCAAUGCUUUGUAUAUAAGGCCGCAAUUUUUCUACAACAAUCCCUUGCUUUCUUUCAUCCAAUUUGUUAUUGGACCUUAUACAGAUGACCUUGGAAAUGUACUGCCUUAUGCAGUGGAAGGUGUUGGAGUUCCUGUUGAUCCCCUUGCUUUUGCUGGACUUUUAGGAAUGGUGGUGACUUCUUUGAACUUGUUGCCUUGUGGAAGACUUGAAGGAGGCCGCAUUGCGCAAGCUAUGUUCGGGAGGAGCACUGCUACCUUGCUAUCUUUUGCCACAUCGCUUUUGCUCGGUAUCGGCGGCCUGAGUGGAAGUGUCCUGUGCUUGGCAUGGGGGUUAUUUGCAACGUUCUUCCGGGGUGGAGAGGAAAUACCUGCAAAAGAUGAGAUCACCCCUUUGGGAGAUGAAAGGUAUGCAUGGGGUAUCGUUCUUGGCCUUAUCUGUUUCCUAACUCUUUUCCCCAAUGGGGGAGGGACAUUUUCCACCUCGUACUUCGGUGCGCCAUUUUUUAGAGGUGGCUUCUAAUUGUACGUAAAUGGGUUUAAUUAUAUCGUGUCCAAGUUGUUCACAGACUGCUGUAUUCUCAUUCACAGACAAGUAAAUGAUGCACUGUUGUUUGUGUA